UUCGGGGAAAAGCCCUGGGCCUCGCCCAACGUAGACUUCGACGCGGCGCCAUGGACGCCAGCGCGCAGCUCCGAGAGGUGCGGAGCCAGCGGCGCGCAGACUUCGAGGAAGACAAAGCAGCGCGGAUCCGCAGGCUCCAGCCUUUCGGCGUGCUGCGACCCUCCGUGUCUGCGGAGGCCCUCAGCCGGCAGCUCCGGAAUGCCAUCGUCUCCUCCACGAUGACGGCUGAGUUGCAGAGCUCAAUCUUCCAGUGGGCCUUGCUUUCUCGCCUCGGCGCGGAGGAGUGGGGGGCGCCACGCCGAGAGGAGGAAGAGGACGAGCCGAUCUUUGCCUUUGCUAACUGGCUGCCCUGCUUUGGCAGCAUGGGCCGCGGUGAGAGGAUGGCUUUGCCCUCCUCCGCCCUGCCCGACCUGGGUCCUCUACUGCGAUGCCCUGAAGCCAUCGAGGCCCUGCUCUUGGGCGGGGGCUGCCGCGACUGGCGCCAAGCCACGAUGCAGCUCUGCAGGCUGCUGCUGGCGGAGCCAAGUCUGCUGGACGGGGGCUGGCAGCUGCAACUGGCGGCGGCUUAUGCCUUGUGCAUCGCGGAGGGCGAAGAGAUGUGGGACACCGUCUUUGCAGAAGGCUCCAUCGACAUGCUCCAGCGGUACCAGAGCUUUUGUACUGCUGCGGCGUGCUCCAAGUGGUUUCCCGAGUUCAAGGCGCUGAAGUCUUGGCACUUCCGCUAUGUCUUGGGCAGCUGGCACUCCGAUCAGGACUUGGCGUGGUCCCGCGACCAUGUGGACCAGCAGUACAAGAAGCCGGAUGUGAUCGGCCAGUCUGCUCGCAUGGUCAAGUACAAGCUUCACAACGACCAAGGCGUCAGCGUCCACGAGGGCCUUGGGUUCUACGACGGGAACAAGGCCACGAUGCCCAGGAUCCUGGCCUACGGAGGCGUCUGCGGGGCGGUGUCCAAGUUCGGCGCCAGCUGCUGCCAGGCCUUUGGCGUGCCGGCCAUGCCCGUCGGCCAACCGGGCCACUGCGCCAUGAUUUGGCGCGCACCCGAGGGAAGGUGGUGCUUGGAGAACGACAAUGGAGGAUGGAACCAGUCUCGCAUGCAUGACAAGAUCCAGAGGACCUGGCAGAAGGAGCUUGGCCCCGUCUGUGAGAAUGCGGGGGUCAUACCAGUGGCGGAGCAAGCGCUCUCCGAGUGCUUCGGGCCCAGCGAGGCGCUGCGGCUCGCGGCCCAGCUGGCGCCCAGAGAUUUGCAGCUGCAGCUCCUGCUGGAUGCUGUGGGCGAGUGCGCCUUCAACCUCUGCGCUUGGGCGGACGUGAUUCCAGUCGUCAGAGGACUCGACUCCGGCGCUUUGACAGCGCCGCUGCUGCAGCGCGCGGAGCGGGCGGAGGCAAACGCGGUGGCGGGCCCGUGGAAAGGCGGCCGCGACCUGUCGCUGAACCGCCCGGUGCGCGCCAGCGCCGGGUCGGAUCGCGCAAAGAACGUGGUGGACGGCACCGACUCGGAGUGGUUUCCAGAGGAGGCGGAGCCUCAGUGGCUGGACAUCGAUCUGCAGACGCUGAGCCAGGUGCACCAGGUCCGCGUGAAGUGGUGGGGGGAUUAUGGGAAGAAAAGCAGCCUCAAGGUCCUGUCGCAGGAGGCUUCUCCCGCGGCAUGGGUGGAGCGGGGCCGCCGCAGCUGCGACGCGGACUUCAACGGCUGGACGGAGCUCAAGGGGUGGAAGGAGCCCACCAGACUGGUACGCCUCGAGCUGGACAAUCCGUGCCCGGAUUGCUUCGGCCUGAAGAAGAGCUACGGCAUUCGCCGGGUGGAGGUAUUGGGGAGCCACCUUGAAGGCGGCUUGAGCACUGGCGCUUCAGACUUGCUGCACCGCUUGGCGGAGGCCUCCUUCCCGCGGACCCAGGAGCUCGCGGAUCAACAAGGCCUUCAUCUCGUACAGGAGCUUCUCACGUCCCACGGCCUCGCAAAGUGACGCCGACGGAUGAGCGCGCGGAUGAGCUCGGAGAGAGGAAAAAAUGCCACCAGG